AAAAAAAGUCGUUUUGACAUAAGCAUUUCAUCUAGUAACUAAUAUAAAGCCAAAUCAGCUAUUAAGCAUUCUUCUGCGUAAAAAACAAUGUCUUCAUCCUCCGUAUCAAAACGCAUCGUUUUGGUCCUUAACUUGGCCGUGGUAGCCACACAAGUCCUCCCUAUACGCAGCGUCUCGUCCAUGAACAAGACUAACGCGUAUCUAUACCACAAAUGCUCUGAAAUUGAAGGGAAAUACAAGCCGAAGAGCCCGUACGAAGAAAACCUUAACUUUAUCAUCAAUGACAUGUAUAAAGACACUUUUGUAAGAGGUUUCGUCUACGCCUAUCAUGGUGACGAUCCCAAUACCGUCUAUAUCUUGCUCCAAUGCCGGGGUGACUCCUACGGCCCAAAGUGUGGCUCCUGCCUCACUACCGCCUCCUCGGAGCUACGUAGAAGAUGUCCGAUGAACAAGGCGGGAAUAGUAUGGUUUGACAAAUGUCUUCUCAAGUUUUCUCCAACCGCUUUCUUCGAGAAGAUCGAUGACAAGAACAAGUUCUAUAUGUACAGCACAAAGAAAGUAAGCGAUCCGGCGUCGUUCAAUGCGAAGACAAAGGCUCUACUAACUGAGCUGACCACGAAAGCUACUCGUAGAUCAGAUAAGUUAUUGUUGUACGAGACGGGGGAGAUGAAACUUGGGAAGAUGAAGCUGUACGGAAUGGUGCAGUGUACACGGGACCUAUGGUUUACGGUUUGUAAGACGUGUUUGGAUAAGAUUAUUGGGGAGCUUCCUAAAUGUUGUGAUGGUAAAGAAGGAGGGAGAGUUGUGAGUGGGAGUUGUAACUUUAGGUAUGAGAUUUACCCUUUUCUUGACACUGUUCGAUGAGAUCUCCAAAUUUUGUUUGUUUGUCAACCGGAAAGCUCCAUAUAUAGUAUAAAAAGGGGUUGAUUGGUGACCAUAUCAGUAAACAGCAGGAAGUUCAAUAAAUGAAAAUAUAGGGCUGUAAAUGGGCAAAAAUACUUACACAACACAUAAAUUUGAAGACUUACUCACAUU